AUGGCCUUCUUCGUUCCUUCUCUUUCCCGUGUAGCCGGUUUUCAAAGCGCAUUCGCCGGUGGAAGUGUUGGAUUGCGGUUCGCGAAGUUUGCUGCUGUAAGAAAUUUCUGCGAAAAAAUGGGUCUACCAAGAGUAUUUUUCGACAUGACCGCCGAUGGCCAGCCCGUGGGACGGAUCGUAAUCGAGCUGAGGAGCGACGUCGUCCCGAAAACGGCCGAAAACUUCCGUGCUCUGUGCACCGGCGAGAAGGGUUUCGGCUACCGCGGCUCCACCUUCCAUCGCGUCAUCCCGAAUUUCAUGUGCCAAGGCGGGGAUUUCACCAACCACAACGGCACCGGCGGCAAGUCGAUCUACGGCAACAAGUUCGCCGACGAGAAUUUCACGCUGAAGCACACCGGACCUGGAGUGAUGUCGAUGGCGAACGCCGGACCUGAUACGAACGGGUCGCAGUUUUUCAUUACGACGGUGAAGACGUCGUGGCUGGACAACAGGCACGUGGUGUUCGGUGCCGUCGUCGAAGGCAUGGACGUGGUCAAAAAACUGGAGGCUCUCGGCUCGCAACCCGGCAAAACGUCCAAGAAGAUCGUCAUCGCCGACAGCGGGCAAUUGUAA